AUGGGGUUCCACGGUACUAAGGGUCAGAUUCGCUGGGUCGGCGACGAGAGCCCCGAAAACUGCCGAGAAGGUGACCUACCAGGUGGGGGCAAGUACUGCAAAAAGCAUCAGAUGCCGUGUCGCAACGGCUGCGUAGGCGAGGCCCAUCUGAAGAACCAGGCUGGCUGUACAGCAUGCGAGCGAAAGUGGAGGCAAGAAGCUAAGGUGGAGAGAGAGAUGAAGGAAAACAUGAAGGCGAACGAAAAAGAUAAAGAAUUCCAGGAUUUCAUGAACCCACCUAAAGGGAGGAAGAAGGAGAAGAAGUAA